AUGGGAAUGCCCGGAGCGCGGCCUCUCUCCGUGCCGGGUAGACACGCUGGCUUCGCGCUUCCGCCCACGCGGGCGCUUUGCCCGGACCAACGGUCUCCGGCAGAGGUGAAAGAGGAGUUGCUGCGGCAAGGCAUCGAGAUCCGAGGAUUGACAGCAACGCCAGAUCUGCUGUUAAAACUCCAUGAAACUGAGGCGUUUGUUCGCAGGGCAGAGGCCACCAAGAAGCUUCCAAGACAUUCAGACCAGAGAUUGCUCUCAUGCUUUACUGAAGGGCUUGCUCCAGGCUCAGAAGCACUGCUUGGCUAUGUCAAAUUUGGGAGAUGCUGCAUCGAUGCUGUGUUAGAUUGUCCGUUUCUGAAGAUGCUUGCAGCAGGGGCUGAUCCCAACACUCUGUCUGAGGGCAGCGGCAGUGGUUUUGCAGUGGGGAUGACGCCUUUGCUUGCAGCGUCAUCUUGGGGCAAAGUCGAUGAAGUUCGUUUGCUCAUUGCAGCUGGAGCAGAGCUGCGUGUGAGAACACCCAAUAUGCAGCAGACUGCCAUGCACCUAGGCAAUAUUGAGUCAUGGGGUGUAGACAAGACAAUGGGCUUGCUACGCUUUCUGGUUCACAGGGCGCCGGAGCUUUUGUCCGAAAAGAAUGCUGCGGGCAAGACCCCCCUGGAUUGUGCCAAGUACGAGAAGAAGCGACAACAAGCAGCGUAUUUGUCGAGUUUGCCUCGGUGA